AUGAAUAAAUACGAAAUUUUGGAGUAGUUAGAGAAGGUGCUUAUGGAGUGUUUCUUAAAUAUAAAAAUAAGAAGACGAAUGAAAUAGGUAUGAUAAUGAUGUUUAUUGGUAUAGCGGCAAUAAAGAAGUUUAAGGAAACUGAAGAGAAUGAGAUUGUAAAAAAGAGUAUAUAAAGAAAAGUGAAAAUACUUGGAUUGUUAAGACAUACUAACAUAGUAGAAUUGAAGGAAGCGGUAGUAUAAUGUGGGAAGUUCAUGAGAAAAGGGAGGAUCUACUUAGUAUUUGAGUAUGUAGAAAGCAAUUUACUUGAAGUUCUAGGGACAUCUUCUUCUGGACUAGAAGUAUUAAGUAUUAAGUAUGAUAAUCCUAAUAGCCAUUACACAUUAAAAGAAUAAUUUUCAGUUGAUAAAAGCAAUAUAUUGUAGUCAUUAAAAAGAUAUUGUUCAUAGAGAUAUUAAACCAGAAAAUUUACUGAUAAGUAAUAACCAUUAAUUGAAGUCAUGCGAUUUUAGUUUUGCAAGAGUAUGUAAAUAAAUUUAUAUUAAAAUUAGUCAUCACCCUAAGAUCUUACUGAUUAUGUGGCUACAAGAUGGUAUAGAGCUCAAGAACUCUUGCUAAUUUAUUCAAAUUAUGAUUAAGGAGUUGAUAUGUGGUAUAAAUAUAGAAUUAAGGAUUUAAAUGUACAAAUAUAAGCCAUAAAAAUAAUUUAGGGCAAUAGGAUGUUUAUUAUGUGAAUUGAUUGAUGGAAAUCCUUUGACUCCAGGUGAAAAUGAAAUGAAUUAGUUAUAUCUAAUUUAGCAAAUAUUGGAUCCAUUUGACAUAGGGUUAAUAGGAAAUAUUUUCAAAGAAUCCUUGAUUUUUGGGAAUGAAAUUUCCUGA